AUGCUAGCAGUUGUAGAAUCUAUUCCAGGUAAUUCGAAGCUUUAGUUUUUUUUACAUAUAUUUUUGCACGGUACUAUAAUACUUGAAACAAUUCAGACCAAUGAAUAGAUAAAUCUGUAUUUUAAUUUGGUUUCACUCAGCACUAGUGUGUAACAGAUGGUGGUGAAUCAGCCUUUUCAUUUUAUGUAUUGGUCUUGUACCUAGAAGAAAAUAAAGAAAUAUAGUUUACUCAAACCUACCAAUACCUGAUUCUUUUGUUUUAGGACCACAAAGAGAAGUGGUUUCAAUAUACAAUGAUGACUUUACCACCCCGUCAUCCAGACCUCAAUAUUUCAUCGAAGUGUAUCGCUGUGUUGAAGUUAAUACGGGCGACUGCACUAGCAGUGGACCGUCUGGGUACCCGGUUCCAGAAAGAACGGACGAAAUUGAGAUAGUGGUUCCGGAUAUAACAAACAAUGAUCGGGAUCCCGGCGAUAAAAAGAAGUUUUUAUAA